UGAUGAGCGUCGUGGGAGCCUUCCCCGCCCUCCGCCGGCCCCUAUGGACGGCAGUGCGCCAUCGUUGCCAGCUGUGCCCAUCGCCAACCCUGACAUCACAGCCUCCCGCUACCGAGGGCUGCCCGGCCCCACAGCAGGAAGCCCCACGGCGGGCAGUGAGCGCAAGAAGGGCCGCAAGAAAAUCUCCAAGGCCGACAUCGGAGCCCCGUCUGGCUUCAAGCACGUCGGCCACAUCGGUUGGGAUCCCGCCAAUGGCUUUGAUACAGCAGCGCUGGACCCUGACCUGCGGGCUCUGUUCGCACGCGCUGGCAUCAGUGAGGCGCAGCUGGCAGACGCUGAGACCUCGCGCCUCAUCUACGACUUCAUCGAGGGGCAGGGGGGGCUGCAGGCCGUCAAGGAGGAGAUGCGGCGCCAGGGCCCGCAAGGCAGAGGUGGUACCCCACCUCCUCCUCCUCCU